CCCAUCUCACAUAAAAUUCUCAAACCAAUUCACACAAAGUUGAGAACUUUGAGCUCACUAGAAGAAAAGGAAAAAAACCCUUUUUCUGUUUUUCUGAGAAGAAGAAGAAAGAGUAGCAGGUGAAGAUCAUGAAGAUGGCAAGUGCUAGCUCAAAGAGAAGGCUAUCAAACAGAGGACUUGGAGGAGCCCUCAGAGAGCAGAGGGCUCGUCUGUACAUUAUAAGAAGGUGUGUAGUCAUGCUUCUCUGUUGGCAUGACUAGAAGUUGAAGCCUAAGUUAAGAAUGCUUUCCAGGGAUGCGAAAGCUUUGUCUAGCUAUUUAUUUUGGUUUUUUUUCCUCUGAUUCAUGAUGGAGUGUAUAUAGAAAAAAGGCAAGAUAUUAUGUGAAGGGGAACAAUUUUGUAAGGUUUUUCUGGCCUUCUGGGUCUAGCUUUAUGUACAUCGGAAUAGCAUGAAUACCAAAGUCCUUUUUUAACUUUUCA